AGCCAACAUGGGAGUGUGUUUGAGCUCAGAGCCAGAAGGCAUUUCUUUCAACCCACGGGUGAGAGGCCAACACAUAUCUUGGGGCAGAUGCCUCCAUCAUGCAGAACGUUGCCACAGCUUCCAAAAUGGCUUGCUUUUCUCAGACCGGCCUUUGCGACCUCAGGAAAAACUCUGGGUAAGAAUCGUGAAAGAUGACCCACGCUGGUAUGGAGGACUACGACUGGGUUUUACCUCUGUGGACCCCGACUCACUGAACCCAGCUGAACUACCACCAUUUGCUUGUCCUAACCUUACCAUCCUGAAUGGUUACUGGGCCAUAUGCAUCCCAGAAGAACUUUCCAAAAUUGGUGCCCUGAUUUCAUUUUGGGUCAACAGAAAAGGCCAAGCUCUCUGCCAAAGAAAGGAAGACCCACAGCCAAUAGCUCUCUUUGAUGGCCUGCCCAGAAAUAUGCCACUUUGGGCCAUAGUGGACGUGUAUGGUCAGACUAAGGCUGUUCAAUUGAUUGAUUCCUGUAAAGGGAAGCUGCCAUGCCCGUGCACAUGUUUGACAAACAAAGUUUCACAAUCGCAAACUGUUUGCAGAACUCCAAAUGGAUCUUCAUACACCUGCGGUUCCAGUCCAAGCAAUUCUAAUAUGACUUCCCAUUCAGAGUCAUUACAUUUUCCCUUGUACCUGGAAGAUGACCCAUACUGUGUGAUAUGUCAGGACAGCACGUCAGACACUAUGUUAGUGCCCUGCGGGCACUGCUGUUUCUGCAAAUCCUGUGCAUUGAAGGUGCAUGAACAAAAUAGCAGCUGUCCACUGUGCCGGCGGACCAUACAUUGUCUUCAGAAUGUUGAUCCAGUAUGACCCUAAGCUAAUCGUGAUGUGAUCACUAAUACUGCCUUUUUCAUACAAAGAAAGUAUCCUCAUUCGUACUAGUGUACAUGAGAUAUAGCAGACAGGAAGCAAAGCCCAGCCAGCCAAUCAAAAGCCAGGUUUUUCCUGGCUUAGAAAACAAGAUCCAAGGCUUAAAACACUUCAAUGUCGUAUGUCUGAAAUCAUUGCUGUAUGCUUUUAGAGUAACAACCAAAAAGCACAGCAACAGAAAACAUAAUUAAGAAAGUAUGGAGAGAAAAAAAAAGGAGAACAGCACUAAAUAUUUAAAACACAUUGCAAAGGAUAUGUAACAAUUCCAUAAUAAUACAAGCUAUUGUAUUAUUAACAAUACCAGCUAUUGCUCGUCAGAACACAGAUCAACCCCAUUGCUGUAAAUGUAAUUUUGCAGAAGCAGUAUAAUAAUGCUAAGCAAAGCAGAGAUUAGUAACUACACUCUUGGGAAAAUACCAGCCUUAAGUGAAACUAUCAUUAUACCAUUAUUAUAAUUUACAUACAGCCUUGCUCAGUGCAGUGUAAUAAUUACUGUCUAGGAGUCUACAGUUUCAUAUAGUAAGGAACAAUACGCUCAUAAAUAUGAUAUCGAUGCAGCUAGAAUUACGGAUAUUUGAAUAAAGUGUGACUGCGUUUCAGAG